GCGAGCGGAUCACACAAAAACAGCUAGGCACUCCGGCAAAGCUGGUCCUUUAGAUUUCUUCGUUUCAGUGCGCCGCGAUGCAGUCUGUUCUCCCCUACACCACCAAUCCAUCGCAGAUGGUGGCUAUAGAAAACCUAAAACUUAUUAACCCUUCUUCAGCCGCGGCAACGGGACCGUACCUCCGCGUGCGCGACUCCAAGCUGGUAGUGGGAGGGCUGCUGCACAACUGGGACGCCGAGGCGGCGCACGCGCUGCUGAACGCACCAAAGGCGGUGCAGACGUGGGACUUGUCGUGGAGUGAGGAGGAGACGAACUGGGAGGAGCGGGUGCACCGCUGCACGUAUCCAGAGGAGGUGGAGGACUUCCUGCCUGCCAAGUGGAUCGGCUACCGUGUCCAGAGCGACGUGGACGAGACGCUGGCACGCGUGUGCAAGCUGUGCACGGCCCUCGUAGACAAAUUCAUUGCACUCUCGCAAGGAAACAACGCGAAUGUGUCGACGGCGAAGUGGAGGCAGCGGCAGGCCUUGUACGAUCGCCUGGGUGCUGUCAUGGAGCUGCUGGAGGCCUCCAUUGGCGAGGCGAUUCCCAUCUUGAAGCUGAAAGACCAGGCGUUUAUGCACGAGUGCUGGAACCAAAUGCAGGCGGAGGAGCGCUCAGAAAUUAUGUCCGCCCUCGGGACGGCAGACGACGUGUAG